AUGAGCGAGACGAAUCAAAUCUAGAGACUAUUGAUCUCUUCUGAAUUACCAGAAAAUCCAAUUGCCACCAAAAUGACGUUAAAAGAAGAUAAGACUUGUGGAGGAAGAUUUCGAUGGAAUUUGGUUAUAAAUGCCAUAAUGAUAGCUAUGGCAGCCUUUCCUUUCUAUCUACCCUUAGAAGCCACUUUGGGAAUCAAUUGUUUCUAUGCUUCUUUAUGGUUAUUAUUUACAUGUCUGGCUGUCAACACCUUAUCAAAAAUACACAAUACAAUAAAAAAAUCCUUCCCCUAUUAAAUUUAUUUUGAUCACAUUCCUUUACAAAGAACCUCUAGAAUUACUUUGAAAACUCUUCAAAAUGUUUCUCAAUAAAGAAUUGCCAAGGAAAUAAUUCUGGUAGUAUGUAUGGAAGAAAAAACUCCAGAUAAGGAAUCAAAAAUAAAUGCUGUCUUUGAACAAUUUACAAAUUUUUUUGGUAAACUCAUCAUAACUGUGCAUCCAUAUGGAACCCCAGGGGAAAUCCCAGGUAAGUGUUCUAAUAACAACUAUGGAAUUAGAUCGGUUUAUGCUCAUUUAAAGUAAAGCGAACCAAACUUUGAUCCCAACAAAUACUUUGUAACAAACUUUGAUGUUGAUAAUAUAUUUCACAAAAAUUUUCUCGAUAUCCAAAUGAUGAACAUCCUCAAAGAGAAGGAUAGGAACAAUUAUGUUUGGUAACCAGUUCUAUUUUAUAACUGGGGACUUGAUAAACUUAGUGUUUUUACAAGAAUUACAGGAUUAGCUAGAAAUAUGCUGAUGAUGGGAGCACUUAUCCCCUUUAAUAUCAACAUCAUGAGUGUGUAUACCGCUUCCUUAUAAUUAUACAUUGAAGGAGAUUUUUGUCAUCCGACUUAUCAGAUGGAAGAUAUAAUCUGUUAUAUAAGAUGGAAAACACUGAGCAAAAGAUCUCUUAAGAUUAAACCGAUUUAUUGCCCGACUAUUUCAGGUCCUACAUCAGGUUCAAAUAUGUGGUAAGAAUUUGUUGAAUGGGUCAGAUAAAAUAAGAGAUGGAGUGUCGGAUCUGCUGAAGUUUUCCAUUACUUUGUUAUAAAAGCUUCAAGAGUCUAGUUUUGUUCGGCUUUUCUGUGGGCUUGCAAUUAUCUGAAUUAUUAUGCAUCUUUUAUUUGUGUGUAAAGCCUGCUAUUAAUUACAACUACAAUUAGACUUUUUGCAAUGGAAAGUGAUCCUAUUCUUUAGCAAUAUUUCUGCAUACCCCUUAUUAUGGUUUAUAUUUGCCUUUUUUUUAUGAUAUUCAUGAAUAAACUGGCAGUAAAAUAUCUUUUAAAUGACAUUGUAAUUGAAAAAAUCCCGAUUUGGAAAGAUUUCAUUCAUUGGAUAUUAAGUCUUUUAGUCAUGGUUGGAUAUGGACUGACAAUUUUUUAUGGGUUUUGGGAAAUUUUCUUUUGUGGUAAAGGUGUAUGCACUCAUGAACCAUCAAAGAAAAAAGUUCUUGAUAACAUUGUCUAACGCAAAGAUGAUAACAUUGUCUAAACAAAAGAUGAAACAGUAAUUUAUGUACUUUAAUUAUAAAGUGAACCAUGA